CUCACUCUGACCCUCUUCCUUUACAGUUCAUCGUUCACUGUGGGACUCUACACCGGACCUGUUGCAUCUGAAGGAGAGGAUAUUCAGGACACCAGUUUAUGAUUACGACUCCAAAGGCGUCCCGCGGAAGGAACAGCACGCAUGAUGCGUUUGCGGCGCUGCGGCUGUUCAAUGAAAGAAGAGACGCGCAGCACAAGAGAUGGGUACCGUUCCUGGACUUUCACCUACCCGGUCUUGGGGAAAAUGUUGUGAGUGCGCCGUGCUGGCUCUACCUGUAGUGGUGCUUUGGUUUCAGCUUGGCGCCGCUUUUAACUUGGACACGGAGAACCGCGUCGUCUUCACUGGACCCCCGGGGAGUUACUUCGGCUAUUCUGUGGAAUUUUUCAAGAACUCAUCCAGCAUCAACAUUUUGAUCGGUGCCCCGAAAGCCAACACCAGCCAGCCCAACGUCACUGAAGGAGGAGCUGUGUACAUGUGCCCGUGGAGCCAAAAUAACUGCACCAUUAUCAGCUUUGACAAGCAAGGUGACCGGUAUUUUUAUAUAAAUGACGUGAACACUCAGGUUGAGUUCAAGUCUCAUCAGUGGUUCGGAGCUACUGUGCGUGCCCAUGGUAGCAGCGUCCUGGCUUGUGCUCCCAGAUACUACUGGAGGACUGAACACGACAUACCCUUCUCCGAUGUUACAGGAACCUGCUACCUCGCUGUAGACAACCUCAAAAGAUUUGUGGAGUUUGCACCAUGCCGAACAGAAAGACAUGGACCUGCUGGACAGGGCUAUUGUCAGGGGGGAUUCAGUGCUGACUUCACCAAGGAUGGGAGGGUUGUGCUUGGAGGACCAGGCAGCUUUUACUGGCAAGGUCAGCUGAUCUCUGCCACUACAGAGGAGAUCGUUAAGGCCUACUAUCCUGCCUACUUUCUGCUGUCGGUCGCCGGGCAGAUUCAAACCCGACAGGUGCAGGGAAGCUAUGAUGACAGUUACCUGGGUUACUCUGUGGCUAGUGGCGAGUUCAGCGGGGAUGGUGAGGAAGAUUUUGUCACAGGAGUUCCAAAAGGACUCAUGCUGUAUGGUUUAGUGUCCAUAUUAAAUGGAAGUGAUCUGAAAUCUCUGCUAAACCUGACAGGGGAGCAGAUGGGGUCCUACUUUGGCUACGCAGUGGCAACCACUGACAUCAACAGCGACGGUCUGGAUGACCUGGUGGUGGGAGCGCCGCUGUUCAUGCAUCGGGGGUCUAACGGGCGUCUGGAGGAGUUGGGAAAAGUGUAUGUGUAUCUACAGAGGGGUCCUCUGGAGCUGGAACCAAGUCAGUCUCACCUCCUGGGUCUUCAGGCCUUCAGCCGGUUUGGCACCUCUCUGGCCCCGUUGGGUGACCUCAACCAAGAUGGUUUCAAUGACGUGGCUAUCGGCUGUCCGUACGGAGGAGACGACCAGCAGGGGUCGGUUUUCAUCUACAACGGUCAUGUUGGAGGACUGAAGGACACCCCCACUCAGAUGCUCUCGGGCCAGUGGGCUUUCAGCUCUUUCCCAGCCAGUUUUGGCUUUACUGUGCGAGGCAACAGAGAUCUAGAUCAAAACGGGUACCCAGACCUGAUUGUCGGUGCUUUUGGGGUAGAUAAAGCUGUCCUCUACAGAGCUCGGCCAAUAGUGAACGCCAGCGCGUCUCUCACAGUACAGCCGACCAUGUUCAACCAGGAGGAGAAGCACUGCAUGCUGACCACAGGGAAUAAAAGUCUUUCUGUGUCUUGCGUCAGCAUCACUUUCUGCCUGCUGGCUAAUGGGAAGCACCUCCCCUCUCAUCUAGGCUUCGUGGCAGAGGUGCAGUUGGACAGUGGGAAGCAGAAGCAGAAGGAGUCUAUCAGGAGGACUCUGUUCCUGGACAGCCAGCAGCCCAGCCUAGUGAAGACCUUUAACCUCACCAACAGAAAGCCCCUGUGUCACAACAGCAAUAUCUAUCUGCGGCCUGAGGAAGAAUUUCGGGAUAAACUGUCCCCUAUUUACAUCAGACUUAAUUUCAGUUUGGAUCCACAGGCCCCGCUAGACCAACAUGGCCUCAGACCUAUCCUCAAUUACGAGACAGAACAGCUCAUAGAGCAGAAGAUGCAAAUAUUGUUACAGCUCAGUGAAAACGUAGUGAUGAUGUUGCGCUUCUCUUUGCCCAGUGACAAGACAGAGGUUUACUUGGGAGACGAAAACUCUGUGAGCCUGACCUUCAAUGCCAGGAACGAGGGAGAGGGCGGUGCGUACGAGGCUGAGCUCUAUGUGGCGCUUCCCCCAGAGGCUGACUACAGCGGGAUAGCACGCAACAACGUGAGCUUGACUCAGCUGACCUGCAGCUACGAGGCAGAAAACCAGACCCGCUAUCUCGUGUGUGAUCUGGGAAACCCCAUGAAGUCUGGUACCAGUCUGUGGGCCGGUCUUCGCUUCACCAUCCCCAGACUCAGCGAUACUUACAAUACUGUUCAGUUUGAGCUCCAGAUACGAAGUAAAAAUGCAAAUAACUCUGAGAGUGAAGUGGUGUUUUAUGAGCUGAAGGUCUCUGCCAUGGCUGAUGUCAUUCUACAGGGUGUUUCUCGGCCAGACAAAGUCAUCUUUCCUCCUCCCAACUGGACUGUGCGACAGGGUCUGGGGGAGGAGCAGGAGAUCGGCCCUGAGCUUCAGCAGGUCUUCGAGUUGGUGAAUAACGGUCCCAGUGUGGUGAGCCAGACAUCUUUAGUGGUGAAAUGUCCCCUGAAGGCUCAUGGUCACUGGCUGCUCUACCCUCUGGAGGUGGUCACUGAGGGUCCACUCAGCUGCUUCUCCAAAACAACCUUAAAUGCACUGAAACUUAAGCUUCAGCCUGGGGCAGUAGAGGGUCCAGCAUCACUGAAGUCCAAUGUUGAGCACCGCAUCCAGAAGAGGGAGGUGCACAGAGAUCCUCUGGCUGAACAAGGAAACCUGACGUGCAGUACAGUGGAGUGCUGGCAGCUGCAGUGUAAUGUGGGGCUGCUGCAGAGAGGACGAAGUGUCAUCCUGACUGUACGCUCAAGAGUCUGGGCUGAAACGUUCAUGGAGCGAGCCUAUAAGCAGUACACGCUGGAGUGCUCCGUUCACUUCAGCGUGGACAGGAUGCCGUAUUCUGUUUCUCCCACAUUAAAGCCAUCAGGAUCCAAAAAGGUGGCGACUGCUGUGAUGUGGAAUAAACCCAACAGUCAGUACUCGGUUCCUGUGUGGAUCAUCAUCCUGGCUGUUCUAGCUGGGUUGCUGUUGCUGGCCUUGCUCAUAUACUUACUUUACAAGAUGGGCUUCUUUAAAAGAUCAGACCCAUACGGUACGACCAUGGAAAAGGCUAAACUCAAACCCCAGGCGUCCUCUGAAGCUUAGAUCUGAACGGAGCCUCCACCUGCAGCUGUUCCAAAGAACUGGAAGUAUUGUCGCAUUCCCAAAAAAAUAACGGAAAUUCCUAAUUAUAAGCAGGCCACCCAUUCAUGAAGGGACAGUUAUGGGUGCUGUAUCACUGGAAGAUAAAAAUGUCUGGUGCUGCACUAAAACAUUACAGGGGUCACGCAGUUGGAUAUGCACUGCUGUUUGUUGGACAUUCCUCUGUGCAGUCAGAGACUUUUCUAGAAGCUCAUCCUGUCAUAUUAUACUCCUGCAUUGACAAUAAAGAAACAAAUGGACAUCCAACAAAAGGCACCAAAACGUCGGUAGUUCAUGAAUGCAAAAAAUGUGUGAUUCAAGCCAUGUUUGUAAGCUUGGUGUUGAUGAUUUUGAAAAUUCCUGCUUAUGAAUGAUGCCUAAACCACUUGUUAUUUAUGGCACAAUGAUUUCCUAUUGAUUGUUGAAUGUUGUACUGUACUGUCCACAGGAAGAAAAAAAUCAAAAAAGCAACGUGCCAAAUCUGCAAUGUUUAACUUGAAUUUUUCUCUCCCAUAUUGGGAGGUACUUUGUGUAUGAUGUAAUGUAUUCAUUGUGUUAUAUUGAUGUUGUGGCGCAGAAUAAAGCCUAAUUUUGUAUACCCACACAAGAAGCUAUGAUCAGCCUUUUACAGCUAGAUUGGGCUGCCUGGUAGGGAGCUGGUUAGCACCGUUGUAGGAGCUGCCUGCUCGAGGAAGGAGAUUUUGCAGUGGAGUAGGAACACCAGCAACAUCACCUCGCUCAACUUCUUCUGCAGGAACCUGCUCACCAAACUAAACCCCUUUCACCCAACUUAAUCCCCAAGAGCUCCUUCAGCUAUUUUUCUUUUCUUUCUUUCUUUCUUUCUUUUUGCAUUUAGGGGCACUGGCACAUGGAAAAA